AUGGAUACAACUACCGUAUUGGACAAGUAUACCCAGGACUUGUCUAACCUUCCGCUUGAAGUGAAACAUCUCCUUCAAGAGCUCAAAACGAAAGAUGUACAGCUACAGGAGACUAGAAAGAAGUGUCAGACGAAGGACUCACAAAUCCAUAAAUUCAUACGUGCCAAUGGUACACUAACAAAACACCCAAAAGAGCAACAAUUGUAUGCAAAAAUCGAAGAAGACAUGGCAGCGAUGAAGAAAAUCCAAAAAGAGAAAAUAUUGUUGGCCAACACUGCUUUAUUUUUGAUCUCCAAACACUUGUGCAACUUCGAGACUGAUAUUACUAAGCUAGAGCGAGAUGGGUUAUUACCCUUGGUUGAGAAUGUGAUGGAUCUUGACAAUGCUUCUGACUCUGCAGGUGUGUUAACAGGAAUCAGCGAUGGUUUGUCAGGCACUGCCACGCCUAAACCGGUUGAUCUGUCAGGAAGUGUGAACGCACAGAAGAGAAUACAGAAACGUAAACACUUGACUGUCAAGGGUACUUCAUCACUUUCAGGAAAUGGAAGCCUAAACGGUUCCUUUGGUAACGGAAAUAUAAAUGGCGGAGGUAACAGUAAUAAUAGACCUCUCAAGAGAAACAGAUCUGAAGACAUAGAAGAUGAUGGUCCCUCUUUUGGAUUAUCAGGAUCCUUUGGAGGGGGAUCGGCACCAGCUGGUACUGGUAUGCAGAUCACCGCUUCUGCUAUUCUUAAUGGUGGCUCUGGAGGGGCAGGAAGCGCAAAUGGCGAAGAUGCUGAUAACAACCUCUACUGCUUCUGUCAACGUGUAUCCUUUGGUGAAAUGAUUGGGUGCGAUAACGACGACUGUAAGUACGAAUGGUUCCAUUGGGCAUGUGUCGGCAUAACUUCACCACCGAAGGACGAUGAAAUAUGGUACUGCCCGGACUGUUCUCCAAAGAUGGAGAAAAGGAAGAAGAAGAGAAAAACUUGA